GCGUGACUCGGGCGGGCGCGCGGGGUGUGCGCGGCGCGCGGGGUGAGCGGCGGGCCGCCCCGGGCCGCGCCACUUCCGACGCCGCGCUCGGCGUGAGGUUCCGGGGCGCGCCGCUGGGCCGCGGCGGCGGCGGCGGCGGCGGCGGCCUGGGCUUCGGGCGGGAUGGAGGAGGCCGCGAUCGGGGAUGCCGAACUCAACUGGUCCCGCCUUAACGUGUCGGCCGAGGCCCUGGAGUCGGAGCUGGAGGCGCGCGCCGAGGAGCGGCGGGGCUCGCGGGAGGCGCUGCUGCGGCUGCUGCUGCCUUACACCCGGCUGACGUCGCUGCCGCGGUCGCUGGGCGGCGGCUUCCCGCACCUCCAGCUCCUGGACGUGAGCGGCAACGCGCUCACGGCGCUGGGGCCCGAGUUGCUGACGCUGAGCGGCCUGCGCACGCUGCUGGCCAGGAACAACCGGCUCGGCGGCCCGGGCUCGCUGCCCAAGGGCCUGGCCCGCUCGCCGCUCUGCCGCAGCCUCCAGGUUCUCAACCUCAGCGGCAACUGCUUCCAGGAGGUGCCCCCCUCGCUGCUGGAGCUGCGGGCGCUGCAGACCCUCAGCCUGGGCGGCAACCAGCUGCAGAGCAUCCCCGCCGAGAUCGAGAACUUGCAGAGUUUAGAAUGCUUAUACCUUGGAGGAAACUUCAUUAAAGAAAUCCCACCAGAAUUAGCAAAUCUUCCUUCUCUGAAUUACUUGGUGUUAUGUGACAACAAAAUCCAGAGUGUGCCUCCUCAGCUCUCACAGUUGCAUUCCCUUCGUUCCCUGAGUCUUCACAAUAACUUGCUGACAUACCUGCCUCGUGAGAUCCUCAACCUUAUUCAUCUGGAAGAGUUGAGUUUGCGAGGAAAUCCAUUGGUUGUCCGUUUUGUUAGGGAUUUAACAUAUGACCCUCCAACUCUUCUGGAAUUAGCUGCAAGGACCAUUAAGAUCCGAAGUGUUUCUUACACUCCCUAUGAUCUUCCUGGGAAUCUCCUUAGAUACUUGGGUUCAGCCAGCAAUUGCCCAAACCCAAAAUGUGGUGGAGUCUAUUUUGACUGCUGUGUCAGACAAAUUAAGUUUGUGGACUUCUGUGGGAAGUACCGCCUCCCCCUGAUGCACUAUUUGUGUUCUCCAGAAUGCUCUUCCCCCUGCAGCUCUGCCUCGCACAGCUCCACGUCCCAGAGUGAGUCUGACUCAGAAGAUGAGGCCAGUGUUGCGGCGCACAGGAUGCAGAAGGUCCUUCUUGGUUGAGCAGCAGUGGGUGUUGAUAAUGCUAAAACACUAAGCAAAGAUGAUUCAAAAAGAAAAUGAAGCUUGAAGUUGAUUGGAAGCCUUAGUGUUUUCAUCUUGACUGUCCAUGUAAGAGUUGCAGUGAUCUAUCUGUUUAGAAAGAGUCCAGUUCCUUGCCUAGGUUCUUUGGGUGUAAUUUAUUCUGCAUGGCAGUUCAGAAUUCAUCAGCUGGUUGGUCACAAUUUUUACUAAGUCUUUGAUCAAACACUAGAGAAUGGUACACUCUGAGGAGCAGUCACAAUCAGCCUGGAGUGGUGUUACCUGGGGCCAUUGGGUUGACUAAGAUGUCAGUCAUCACAAUUGUGCUUCCAGAGUUGUCCUGAUCUGUGCUGAACACUAGGCUGUAAAUAGAAUGAGCGUCAUCCGUUCUUGAGCCUUUCUGACCAACCAAUUGGUACUGUGAGAACUAUCCCUUUUAAAUGGAAUUUAAACUUCAGCUCUUGUUUUGUGUGAUUGUUACUAAAUAUAUGCAGUCUAGUUGUGAUGUGUUACAGUGCCUUAAUCAUAGCGAGGGUAUGGAAGCUUAUUCUAGAAAUGAUUUCAGAAAAGCCUGCAACCUGACACUCUGCAGAACACUUGGAAAUGUGCUUUAACAGGCUAGGUAAAGAACUAUGUAGAUAAUACCCGAGCCCUACAGGCCUGGAACUCUAUGUAGAAUGGGCUGGCCAGGAACUCAGAGAUCCACCUGCCUCUACCUCCUGUUGCCGGCAUUAAAGGUGCGUGCCACCACCUGCCUCCAUGACCAUCUUAACUUCAUUUUGCUAAUUGCAAUGAUCUCUUGUAAGCAUGGCUUUUACACUUAUGGGAGUGAUCAAUCUAUUUGCCAAAAGAUAGAAUAAUCUAUAAUAAUAUUUCCCAACAGGAAAAUCUAGAUGGCAAGUGAUCUAAGAAAAACUGCUUUAUAAUCGUGGACUAAAUCAAGAAAAGUUGGCCAUGGUUGUGCAUACCUCCAAACCAGCACUAGGAGGUAGAGGCAGAAGAUGAGUUCAGAGUUAGCCUGGGCGCCAUUGUGAGGUUGAGGCCAGCCUGGGAUAGAUACAUGAAAACUUGUCUCAAAGUGGGGGUGGGUUAGGGUGGGGGUGGAUUUUAACCAUCAAGGGGACUGGCUCGUUUGUUGGGGUUUUCUGUCCUGCCCGGUACCCCCAGCUGUUUAGUCCCAGAGAAAAAUCACACAUAAAUCUCUAAGUUAUAAAGCUGAUUGGCCCAUUAGCUCUAGCCUCUCACUGGCUAACUCUC